AUGGCCUCUGCUUCUGUCGCUAAAACUCCAGCUCCUCCUCCAGCUGAUUUCAAAAAUGACCCCCUCUUAGCCGGUGAACAUACUUUACCAGCAAGUUGGUGGACUUCAGAAAAGAUUUAUGAUCUUGAAAAGAGAGCCAUCUUCAACCAAUCAUGGUUAUUCUGUACUCAUUCUUCCAGAUUCGCUAAAGCUGGUGAUUACUUUUCUUAUACUAUUGCGGGAAUCAAUUUCUUUAUCAUUAAAUCCAAAGUUGAUGGUUCUUUAAAAGCUUUCCAUAAUGUUUGCCGUCAUAGAGCUUAUCCUGUGAUUAGAAAAGAAGAAGGCUCAUCCAUUGUGGUUGGUUGUAAAUAUCAUGGUUGGAGUUAUAAUACUGAUGGAAAAUUAACCAAAGCUCCACAUUUUGAUAAUGUUGAAGGAUUUGAUAAAGAUGAAAAUUCUCUUUAUCCAGUUAAGCUUCAUGUUACUCCUCAAGGUCUUGUUUUUGUUAACUUUAGUAAUGAACCAGAUUGUGUUGAAUUUGAUGAUUGGUAUCAAGGUUUAUCUGCUGAAAUGGAAGAAUUUGAUUUCAGUGAUUAUGAAUAUCAUAUGUCUUAUGAAUUAGAUGGUCAAUUCAAUUGGAAAACUUUAAUGGAUGGUUAUCAAGAAUGUUAUCAUUGUCCAACUGCUCAUCCAGGUUUAAGUACUGCCUUUAAAAUGGAAACUUAUCAAGUGAUUCCAAAAGGUAGAUAUUGUCGUCAUUAUGCUGAAAUUGUUAGAGAAAAAGUUGAAAUUCCAGAAGAUGAUAAAGAUGCCGAUGAAGAAUCUUCAUGGUUUGGAUUAGGUAAGAAGAAGAAGGUUGAAAAACCGGUUGAAAAACCAGUUGAAAAAAAGGUUAACCCAGGUGGUGACUUUAAUGGUUUAUGGGUUUACCUUUUCCCAAAUAGUGGUGUUAAUUGUUAUUCUCCAGCAUGGUACUCAAUUAGAGUUUUACCAAUAACUGCCACUCAUACCAUCUUACAUUAUGAUAUCUAUACCAAAAAGGGAUUACCAGAAACUGAAAAGAAGGAAUUUGUUGAUUUCUUACAAUUGGUUGAAUUAGAAGAUUUCAACUUGUGUCAAUUAACUCAAAAGAAUUUAAAUGAAGGUAUUUAUUCCACUGGUUACUUACAUCCAAAUAAAGAACGUGGUGUGGUAUUUUAUCAAAAUUUAGUCGCUGAUAUGGUUAAAACACAUUUUGCCAAAGAACAAGCUGCUGGUAAGCCAAUUAAUCCUGCUUUUGUAGGUCAUGCUGCUAAGAAUCCAAAUGUAAUGGAAUUAGAAGGUAUUUGUUCAACUCUUGAAUGUGGUAGUGGAAGUGGUGAAAAGACUUUAGACUGGUAA